CUCUCUACCUCACGCCUUUUACGCCAUUUCUACACAGCCACACACUCUAACAAACUAGCAAAAGAAGAGACGUCACUAUCUUUCUUUCAAGCAUGGCUUCCACCGCUUUCUCCAGCGCCAUCGUGAACACCUCCUUCCUCCGCCGCCAACAGACACCACUCAGCCUCAGAUCUCUCCCUGUGGCCAACACACAAUCCCUCUUCGGCCUCAGAUCCUCCACCGCACGCGGCGGCCGCGUCACAUGCAUGGCUACCUACAAGGUCAAGUUCAUCACACCAGAAGGUGAGCAAGAAGUGGAGUGCGAAGACGACGUCUACGUCCUCGACGCCGCGGAGGAAGCAGGUAUCGAUUUGCCUUACUCAUGCCGCGCAGGAUCUUGCUCAAGCUGCGCAGGGAAAGUCGUCUCUGGCUUCAUUGACCAGACGGACCAGAGCUUCUUAGACGAUGACCAGAUGAGCGAGGGGUAUGUCCUUACCUGUGUCGCUUACCCAACUUCUGAUGUCGUCAUCGAAACCCACAAAGAAGAAGCCAUUGUUUAAAAAUUCUAAACCAUCCUUAGGCAUCAUUUAAUAGAAUAUAAUAAAAUGAGAAGAAGCGUGAUCUACAAGUCAUCUUUAUCUCUCUUUGUUACAUUGCUAAUUUGGCUUAACCUUUUGUAUAAGAUCAACUGAUCCUUUUUUUUUU